GAUCGCGUAUAAAGUGACAUUCCGCCUCAAUAUGCUUCGUACGUUCGUGAAAAACUGGAUUAGCAGUCAGAUAAAUUGCAGAUUGAUUAUCGCACCGCAGUGUCAUAGGUCCGGUUGAUAUGCCAAAAUCAUGUAGGAGACCUUUUACCCAUUUCAUCUCUUUAAGAACCUCGGUCAUUGCUCGAUAUUCGGCUUCGGUGGAAGAUAAAGCAACAGUGUCUUGUUUCUUAGUCUUCCAAGAUAUGAUGGAUGACCCAAUUUGGACCACCCAGCCCGUAAGUGAUCGUCGCGUCAACGGACAACCUUCCCAGUCUGAAUCCGACCAUCCUGUAACAUGUAGAGGAGGCGAGGAUCGUAGUAAAAUACCUUGACCAAGAGUUCCUUUUAGGUAACGUAUAACAUGUAAGGCUGCAUCCCAGUGUGCUUCUUGAGGCUGUUGCAUGAUUAGAACGUAGUUUCGGUUCGAUCGUCAACUUAAUCCACGUGACCAAGAGGUGAUUGUUAGCCGUCCAGUCCUCAAAGUCCGGUGAAUCAGAGGUUGGUUUUGGUAUGAUUCCGUCGAUGAAGGCGAAUUUCUUCCGAGCACUUAAUGCUACGCGAAGAUUUUGCGCCCAUUCAUCAUAGUUUCGCCCGUUGAGUAACGGCUGAGAGAUGACCGCUCCUGGAUUAUCACUAGCCGAUAAAUCAUAGGGAGAGAUCGUUCGUCGACCUUUCGUAGUAGUAGUAAGAGUUCCUGACAUCGCCGUUGAGUCAAGAGAUCGUGGGUCGUGGGUUCGUAGUUUCGAGAGUCAGGUAGUCGUGAAAAAAUCGGAAUAUCAGUUUCGUGGCUCUGAUACCAUGAGAAGAUAUGUAUUCGAUAAAUAGUUUCUUGUAUUCAUCUUUGACCUCAAUGGUCUGUUUAUAUACAACUCUAUAAAUCCUAUUCCUAAUGUCGUAAGGAUAUAUUCCUAAGUCUAUCCGAGAUAUAUAUUACAAGUAGAUAAUCAUGGAAUAUAUCCUAAUAAACUUCCUUUACACGAUUACUGAAUUUCAAGUCACUACUGAAUCAACUUUCACGAGCUUUUAAAUAAAUACAUGGAAUAGGUAGCUAAUAAAUCUGGUUUAGAGAGGAAUCAAGUUUAAAUUGGGUGGUGAUUUGAAAUUCCGUAUUCGUGUUAAUCAACGAUCUCACUAGGACACUGUAAUAAUUUGGUGGAUAAAAUUACUUCUGCUGAUUUGAAAAUUUAAAUUUUAUACAUUUAUAAGUAUUUUUGUUGAUUAAUAAAUUUGACACAUUAAAAGAAAGUAUUGAACAUACUCAUUUGGUUAUAAUAAUUAAAAAACCUCAUUACCGAGGACGUGUAACUUUUUUACAAAACCGAUAACAUAUGUAACUUGUUCACUUGUAGUCUAAACUAAUCUCAUCGUUAUUUAACUAUAAUUUCAGUUCUGGAGUCUAAUAUUUUUGGAACUACUAUGUAACCUCCGACUGGACAACACGUUGUUCGAUUUGAACGGUUAGGUUGCGAGGAAGCCAGUCCAGGUAAAAAAAAAAUUUUGGUACGAAAAUCCAGUCCAGGUAAAUUUGUUCUUAUAAAAUCGGAAAAGCGUAACUAAAAAAUUUCAUGUUAUUUUAUGUCUAUUUAUGUAUACAUUUUUACUUAAAUGUCUACAUUUUUGAAAACUCUUUGGCAAAAAAACAAUGUCUAAUGCCCUUUUUCAAAAAAAAAAAAAAACAAUGCCUACAUAUUGUUUUUAGGGUUUGUGCCCUUGUUUGAUAGCAUUGUCGUCAUUUUGCGUUGUAUAAACACGAGAUAGCAAAACAAGAGAGAAACCAUAAUAACUCCCAAAUUUUUAUCUCAAGAAUUUUCAACCACAUUUCCUUUUUUUUUUCCUCUAAAUUCUAUUUUGAAGUAAAAAUUUCUCCAACUUUAUUUCUUUUUUAGUACACAAUAUAGUAGAAAAUAUAUCUACUUUAAAAAUAGAGUAACUAUAUUCAUCACUCUAUUUCUAAUUAUCAUUCUAUUUUGUACUCUAAAAUAAAAUUAAAUCAGGAUAAAAAACUUUAUUUUGGAGUUAAAAAAUAAAUGGAGUAAUAUAUUGAAAAUGCUCAUGGUGAAAUAAAUGGCGGCAUAAAUGAACUUAAUAUAUAACUCUCACAUUAAAAAAUAGACACUGUAAAAAAUGGUAUCAUUUUUGUGUUGUUUUAAUACUCCAUCCGUUCCUAAAAGUAUGAUUUUUUAGAUUUUUUUCUUGUUCCACAAAGAUAUAUUUUCUAUAUUAUUAAGAUACUUUUUAUACUUUUGAAAAAUAUUAAUUGAGAAUAUUUAAAUUUAUUAAAUUUUAUUGGUGAAAAAUUAUUGGAAAAUAUAUAAUAAAGUAAAAAUUAAAUUAAAUUAUAAACAUUUAUUAAAUUCUUAAUAAGCGUGAAUACUCGAGAAAAUCUUACUUUCGGGAAACAGAGUAUAUUUGAAUUCAAACUCAUACAGAUAUAAAUAUCAUCCAAAUCGCAUAUGGCGCUAUCAUAAAAUUUGGUGAACGAUACCUCAGAGUAAAUGAAAAAUAAUCUUUAGUUAAGCGAUCAAAUACUUUCUAUUCUAACUCACGCGCUUGUACCUAUCUAUAUAGACGUGCAGAAUAACAAAUCUGGUAAAUGCAAUAUGCAUAGAUGUCUAUAGGCUUUUUAAGUUCUUUCUUUAUAGCAAAACAUCUGUAACUCUUAGCAGACCUCAUUAGAUCAGAAACAGAGACAGAGAAAAUAAAUUGAGUUACAGACUGUUUCACGUUCUUUCCUUUCUGAGCAGUUCUUUUUUAUGUUUCUUUCCCCUGUUUCACAUUCUUUCCUUUUUGGGUUUAUAUCUCUUGUGGACUCAUCUGCUUGUUCUCUUCUUCCAGUCUUACCUUUUCAUGUACAGCUGAUUCUAAAACAAGAAGAGUUGCGUUUGAUCCAAUGGAAGGAUUAGAAGCUAUCUAUGGAAUGACCCGAGAGAGUAAAAUCAUGGAGCAUCAAGGAUCAGAUUUGAUCUGGGGAGGAAAUGAACUUAGCAGCUGUUUCAUCUCUGAUCUUGGAAUCAUUGGUGAGACUCAACAUCAUCAACAUGUUGGAAACAGAGAUUCUUCGAUAGAUCCAUCAUCGAUCGAUUGUUUGCUGUCAGCGACGACGAACAGCAACAACACAUCGAUCCAAAACGACGAAGGGAUCUCUGAGCUUUUCUCAGAUUGUCAGACUCUUUGGAGCUUUGGUGGAGUCUCAUCUGCAGAGUCUGAGAACAGAGAGAUCACAACAACAAAGGCUAAGUCUUUUAAGAGAAACAGAGGAAACAGAGACGAGACAGGAAGUCACUUCUGUCUUGCUGGCCAUCCUCAAGAAGAAUCCGAGAAAGGAAACUUCAAGCUCAUAUACGAUGAGAAUCAAUCAAAAUCCAAGAAGCCAAGAACAGAGAAAGACAGAGAUGGUUCUUCAAACAUCAGUUUCCGACAACAUUCAACUUCUUUGUCUGAUAACGUCGAGCCAGAUGCAGAGGCCAUUGCGCAGAUGAAAGAGAUGAUAUACACAGCUGCUGCGUUUAGACCGGUGAAUUUAGGGUUGGAGACCGUUGAGAAACCUAAGAGGAAGAACGUGAAGAUAUCAACGGAUCCUCAAACCGUAGCAGCGAGGCAAAGGAGGGAGAGGGUAAGCGAGAAGAUUAGGGUUUUACAGAACUUGGUUCCAGGUGGGACUAAGAUGGACACUGCUUCAAUGCUUGAUGAAGCUGCUAACUAUCUCAAGUUCCUUAGAGCGCAAGUAAAGGCUUUAGAAAACUUGAGACCCAAGCUUGACCCAACCAAUUUUUCCUUCUCCUCACCUUCUUCGUUUCCACUAUUUCACCCAUCUUUUAUUCCCUUUCAAAAUCCUAAUCAGGUUCAUCAUCACCAAGAGUGUUGAAUAAUACAUCGGUUCAUCAUUGUCAUCAUCAUUAACAUAAUCAUAGCUUCUUGAUUGUUUUAACAGUUCUCAAGAAAGGCACUUCUGUGUUGAGAAUGGUGCGUCGGCUAGUGUUGUUUCUAUUUUCAAGUCUUUGUUUUUGCUUUCUUUUUUUAUACAAAGUUUUUAGUUUUGUAAUUUCUGAAAUUGUGGAAAACAGAGCCAAAAGAGGCUAAUUUAUUUAUC